AUGCUUAAAUUCACAAAGCCGUUACAGGAGUUCCUUGCUUCCAAAGCCGACUUUCGUAUACUUUACAGCACGUCCCCUUCUUCACCUUUGGCGUCUGCUGAUACUUCUAGAAUUGUCAUUCUUGACUCGUCCUUCAAUCCACCCCACUUGGCACACUCUACUCUUGCAAAAGAUGCAUUGGAAUUCGAAUACAAUGGUACCACCACUCCAAAACUGAAGCUGCUGCUUCUUCUUCUAUUAUCAGUGAAAAAUGCAGAUAAAAUCACUAUCCAGCCUGCUCCUUUGGAUUACAGGCUUGAGAUGAUGUACUUGAUGGCCCAGUAUCUCGAGUCUAGUUUGGACAUCCAUGUGAGCAUUGGAAUCACAAACCAUGCCCGUUUUGUCGACAAGUCGGUAGCAAUCAUCAAUUAUUUGAAACUGUACUUAGCUGAGGACUACGGCUCAAUCAAGUUGACGUUUGCAGUCGGAUUUGAUACGUUAGAACGUAUCUUGGACCCCAAAUACUACUUACCAGAUAAAUUGCUGGACCUGCUUAAAGAGUUCAUGAGAACGACAGACUUGUUCUGCUUAACCCGAUCUGAAAAUGUUGAGACAUACAAUAUGCAACUUGACUACUUGCAACGACUCCGCCAUGGAAAGAUUCCUCAGAUUCCCGAAGCUCUUGCACGAAACGUACAUGUUCAAAGCGUGUCUGAUUCCCGUGAUAACAUAGGAGCAAUCAGCUCUACCAGUGUAAGAAAUGCGUUUGCUUCAGGUGAAUCGGCAAAUGUGCCUGUGAUCCCAGAGAUUAAGGCAUUCAUCGAGAAACACAGCUUGUACAAAUGA